CAAUGUUAAUCGAUAAUAUUUUUCGUUUUACUACUCGGUUUUUAACUAUUUGCAAUUAACAACUAAAGAUAGUUCUGAGUGCCUGCAACUUUAUCACAUCAUUUAUCAUUAAUUGAGGCUUAAUUCAAUAAUUUUCGAGCGAGUUAUAUCGUUUGAACCAGCUAUUUGAGCUUGAGAGAUAACAUUGCGUCUCACGUAAAAAGUGCCGCCCUCUCGGUAUCCCCUAGGGUAGGUCAGGGACCAAUGAGUGCGCAGUGCAGAUUCUAUUGUAAAUGUGACGUGUACAUUCGUAUGCUAUGCAAAUCGUACAAAUUAUUCAAGAAAAAUGAAGAAGAGGUUACUCCUCUACUUCCUUUGCGCUCUCACGCUCUUCAUUCUGAUGAUUUCCAUCGACAACGAUUUCAUUUACCACACGUGUCAAUAUGCGAACAUCUGCGAGAUGGAUGACAUCACGUGCUAUGAAGAAACAAGCGCGUCAAAUGGUCUUCCGGACUUUGAUCCGGAAUUAGACAAACCAAUGACGGAUAGAAAUAUAUUCUUCCACGAGACAUCGUGUUUCAACGAAUACGAUUUGGCACUGAAUGCUCGCCAAGCGUGUGCCGUGGAAUCCGCGGCUAAGAUGAAUCCAAACAUGAACGUGUACCUGCUAUCCGUCUCCGUCGCCAAGAUCUCGAACCAAUCGAGGAAGAUCUUCAAUCUGCUGCAAACAUAUCCGAAUGUUCGAAUCAGACAUAUCAAUCCUGAGAGAUACAUAAAGGACACACCGUUGGAUCAGUGGUAUAGAAGCGGCGUACUGAAAAGAAGCUACUGGCCUCGGAGUCAUAUGUCGGAUAUUCUCAGAUACCUCACACUCUGGAAAUAUGCAGGAAUAUACCUAGAUCUGGACGUUGUUGUCACCACAUCUCUGGAACAUUUGACAAAUUUUGCCGGAGCUGAAGACUGGAAUCAGGUAGCCGCUGGUGUUAUAGGAUUCGAUGCUACAGCGUUCGGUCGUCGCAUUGCCAAUGCCUGUAUUCGCGAUAUAAGAGCGAAUUUCCGUGGUGAUAUCUGGGGUAACAAUGGUCCUGGUGUAAUCACCAGAAUGUUGCAAAAAAUUUGUUCAACGAAAUACGUUCGAAGCAUGACCGCAACUCGGUGUCAUGGUUUUAAAGUUUUCCCUCCUUCGGCCUUUUAUCCAGUCCAUUACUAUCAAUGGAAAGUGUACUUCGAGACAAAGGACAAGAAUGCAACGAUGAAGAUGCUAGAAAAGGCGAUGGCCAUUCACGUAUGGAAUAAGUUGAGCAAAUACGAAAAGGUGUUCGUAAAUAGCGACGUGCCAUACGUGGUGAUCGCGAGAAAACACUGUCCAAAGAUUUUCAAUAAUUGCGAAGAAGUAUUUUAAGGUACAAUUAGUGAUCUUAGAGAAGACAAAGUGAAAUAAGGGCACAAUAGAAAUACUACAUUAUGCUAUGCAUAUCUUUUUUACAAGCUUUACCGUGGAAGUUUCUACACUGCAUCACAGAUGUUUCUUCAGUGUUGCGUAGAUUAAUUUAUGUAUACAUGUGUACAUGUAUUGUGUAAUUAGGUAUAUUCAAUACAUAUCUUUCUGGCUGUUUUGCGAAAUAUUAGCCUAUAGAAACGAUUUAGUGGAGCUAAAUUGAUAACCAUACGAGCUGGAGGCUUUGUUGAAAAACAAACGAUAGUGACAAUAUCGAAGGAAAGAAAUAAAUGAAAGCAAGUUGCAAUAGAAUUGGCAGGAAAUAUGUAUAAACAGCAUGAACGGCGUGUAAUCAGGACAGGGCCGGAACGUAAUAUCCAGGCCCCUGCACGUCGAUCACGUGAACUUUUUGUUCCUAUUUAUUUAGCUUAUUGUUAGUUCAGGCGAUACCAGGAAAUAUUACUUAAACAUUUCAACUUUCGAAGCAUGCGACGAUAUCGAUUUCACGAAAUAGUUUGCGAAACGUUCAAAUUCUUCUAAACAUUAGCAAUGUUAAACAGAACUCAAUGGUACUAAAUUGGUUGUAAAUAGUAUUUGAUAAACUAAAUUAAAAUAGAUAAUUAAUCAACCGUCCUUUGUUUAUUUUACGACGUGAUCUCGGUAUCAACGGUAAUAAAUUAGGCGAAAAUAAUUCCUCUUUUUGGCAGAUUUUUUAAAUCAGGUGUUCCAUGUUACGAACACCUUCUCUAUAUGUGUGAUAUCGAUAACAAUGGUUACAACUAAUGACAAAUGUGAGACCGGUCCUAUGUAUUUACACAAUAUUAUUAAUUAAAUAGUAUCAAAUAUAUAGGUCUUUGGAUUUUGUCUAUUAAGUAUCUUUUAGGUAUCUGGCAAGUUACUUAUUACGAUUACUAACGAAGAAUUUGUAUGUACCUCGUGUAAUCCCCACAGUGGUGAUUCGAAUGCAUUGCAAUGAUCCAACCCAAUGACCAUUGCAAGGGCGAUGAAUCGUCAUUCUAGAUGACGACCAAGAUAUUUAUAUUUUAACGAAUUAGUUCGCGAGCUUUAUUUAAUCUACGCGACUUAAAAAUAAUUUUGAUCCUAUUAGACCAGAAAUUUUAAAAGCGAUAUUAAAGGUCAAACCUGCAUAGAUCCUUAAGUAUUACGAAUUUAGUUCUGUCCAUGAUGCGUGAUGAUAAUAAAUCAGUGAUAUGUGAUACAAUCAGGUAUGUCGCUUCGGGUGUGUUUCGUAUAUUCGUCAGAUCGUUAUAAUAUUGCUCAAGAGUGUUCUACACAAUUAAAUAAAUAGUUGGCAACGGUGGUUUCUAACGAUUCCACUUUUUCAGCGGCCGGACUCGUUAGACAUAAUUGUAGGUUGUACGUAAUUAAGUUUCCGAACAUCACAGAAGUUCUAAUUCUCGUGUAUCAAAGACUGAUAAAAGCCGCUGAAUUUGAAGAGGUACUAAGAGUAUCUUGACACGCAUGGAUGCGACCAUGUGAGGCGAUUAUACGAACACAAAUUUGUUUACGGAAAUAGAAAUGUAUGAAACGUAUCUUACAAAUCUGUUUUAUCUACUUAACAUUGUUUCUUAAUUAUUACGUUAAGUUAUGUAUUUUAUACUUAUAGUCGGAAUGCUAGAGUUAGUAUGUAAUAAGCGAAGCGUAUCUGAAUUAAUGUCACAGAGAUGCGAAUAAAAAGAAUUUAAGUCAGAGUAUUAAGGAUGCGAGAGUAGAGUGUUUGGACCAGGUAUACGAUAUUAUAGCCUGAAUGAAAAUUUGCACAGCGACCUAAAAACUUUCGACUGGAUGUAGGUGAAUGUUCCCUAAAAACGACUGCGUGAACUAAAGACAACAGUGAUAGCGAAAGAGAAAACGUGUGUAUAAAAAUACCAAAGAAAUUACUGAACGAAAAUCAAAAAUGAAA